CCCCUGCCGUUUCUUUCAUUCCUCUCCUUUGCGUUCGAAGAAUCCUUUGUCGGCGAGAGGCGGAGCUCAGGCGAGUCGGGCGAAAUCUGAGCGGAGACCUUCUCCUCGCGAUCGACGCCGUCCCACCUCGAUCUUGACGCCCCUCUUGUGCCGGCGGGUCUCCCACCAGUCGACGCGGGCGUCCGCGAGGCAGAGUCGUCCCCGAAGCCUCGGCGACAAUAGAGGAAAGAGACUUCUCGAGCACGGCAGAUCCGCCCGCCUCGACCUUGACGCUCCUCUUGUGCCGGCCGGGGAGAUCGGCCUUGAAGACGCUAGCUUCACGUGCCUCCCACCAGUCGACGCGGGCGUCCGCGAGGCAGAGUCGUCCCCGAAGCCUCAGCGACAAUAGAGGAAAGAGACUUCUCGGGAACGGCAGAUCCUCCCGCCUCGACCUUGACGCCCUCUUGUGCCGGCCGGGGAGAUCGGCCUUGAAGACGCUAGCUUCGCGUGUCUCCCACCAGUCGACGCGGGCGUCCGCGAGGCAGAGUCGUCCCCGAAGCCUCGGUGACAAUAGAGGAAAGAAACUUCUCGGGCACGUCAGAUCCUCCCAACUCGACCUUGACGCCCCUCUUGUGCCGGCCAGGGAGAUCGGCCUUGAAGACGCUAGCUUCGCGGGCCUCCCACCAGUCGACGUGGGCGUCCGCGAGGCAAAGUCGUCCCUGGAGCCUCGGCGAAAAUAGAGGAAAGAGACUUCUCGGGCAAGACGCUGAUGGCCUCAAAAGAAGAGAAGACGGCGGAUGGCGAGGGCGUAGCAGACGGUUCUAGUUCUCCGACGGCCAGUGCGAAUAGAGGUUUAGACGAUGAUCAAAGGCACGGAGAUGAGAAAUUAAGGAAAUACGAAAAAGCUGCUUCCUUGAAAAUUGAGCAAUACUUCCUCUUAAAUGAUAUUCCACGACUUAUUAGAGGACUUGAAGACCUGGCUGCACCCGAGUAUAAUAUUUUCUUUAUUAAGAAAUUAAUCACACUCGCCGUGCAAUGGAGGAACCAAACGGAUGCCACAUCGCGAUUUAUCGCAAGGGCUGUGAAAGAAGAUGUUUUAUCACCGAUUGAUUUAGAGAUAUGUAACGAGUUCCCUGAGAAUUCUAUUGAAAGUGAAAUUGUAUCCAAGGCUUGCGCACUUGUAUCAGCUGCACAUGCCUCAGAGGCAAUGCAUUCGGUAGGUGCCGCAUUUUGGUUGGUUGUUUAUUUUUAUUUUGAAUAAAAAUUUGGAUGUUUUUUUUGUA